AUGUCGGUUGUUCCAUACGACAUUCAGGUUUAUAGGAGUGGCAAAUGGUCAACUUGUCGUACAGAUGAGCUUAUUCCCGGUGAUGUUGUCAGCGUAGGUGAGAACCCGUCCUCAACCGAAUUUUACACACACAAGGUACUGACAGGUCUAUUUGUAGCUCGUCCUUCGGCGGAUCAGUCCAUUCCUGCGGAUUUACUUCUUCUUCAAGGAACUGUGAUCGUCAAUGAAGCCAUGCUGUCAGGUGAAUCGACCCCGCUUCUCAAAGAGUCAAUCGAAUUACAAGAUUCAAACACCAAGCUAUCUAUCGAUGACGGCGGAAUACAUAAGAACAGCGUCCUUUUCAGUGGAACCAAGCCUUUGCAAGUGACGGCUGCAUCAGCAGUUGCUCAAUCGAAUGGCUCUGCUGAACCUUCUCGUGCAGCAACCCCAAUGAAGUCACCCCUCCCGAUCACACCAGAUGGUGGUGCUCUUUGUACGGUUCUUCGCACAUCUUUUGGAACGUCUCAAGGACAGCUCGUUAGAACAAUGAUUUUCUCUACGGACAGAGUCUCAGCAAAUAAUCUAGAGAGCUUCUUGUUCAUCGGCUUUUUGCUUAUCUUUGCCAUUGCCGCUAGUGCAUACGUAUGGAUCAUGGGAAUCGAGCGUGGCCUCAAAAAGUCAAAGUUGCUGCUCGACUGUGUCCUCAUCGUCACAUCAGUCGUACCCCCAGAAUUACCAAUGGAGCUAAGUCUGGCCGUAAACACCAGUCUCGCCGCACUUUCUAAAUUCGCUAAUCCUCCUCAGCGAUAUUCUGUACCGAGCCUUUCCGUAUUCCCUACGCCGGUCGGGUUGAUGUCUGCUGCUUUGACAAGACUGGAACGAUUACCGCUGAAAGCUUGGUUCUGGAAGGAGUUGCUGGACCCACAAAAUCCUCGCGAGAUGAUUGACGUCAAAGCUGUCAACCCACAGACACUGCACGUCCUAGCUACUGCUCAUGCCCUGGUGAAACUUGACGAAGAUAUCGCGAACUCGGAUACCAAAGCGAAGAAAUCAGGCGAUAACACUGUUGUUGGCGAUCCGAUGGAGAAGACAACCUUGGAGGCUCUUGGAUGGCAGCUUAGAUCCAGUGAUGUUGUGGAGCCAUCUUAUGGCCGUACCCAUGAUGGAAGAUCGCCAAUAAGCUUGUUUAUUCGCAGGCGAUUCCAGUUCAGUUCCGCUUUGAAGCGAAUGAGCACCGUCUCUUCUAUUGGCAAGGGUGGAAAGUGUGUGCUUUCCUUACACCUGGAACUAUUCCUCAAUGGUAUGACGACACCUACAAGUGGUAUACCCGCCGGGGCAGCCGAGUACUUGCAUUGGCUUGGAAGGACCUUGCUCAAUCAUCUUCAACGCGAUGAUGUCGAAAGCAACUUGAUCUUCGCUGGAUUUUUGAUAUUCCAUUGCCCGCUCAAGCCAGACGCCAUUGAAACUCUGAAGAUGUUGGCUGAUAGUUCUCAUCGAUGUGUGAUGAUUACUGGUGAUAACCCACUCACUGCCGUUCAUGUCGCCAAGGAGGUCGAAAUUGUGGAUCGUGACGCACUUAUUUUGGACUUGCGGGAGAAUCCCGCGCAUGAAGGCGGUAUGUCUCAGAAAAUUAGACCUAUCAACACCAAGCUGUUCGACGAGUAUGACAUUUGUGUGACCGGUGCUGCGCUCCGACAAUACGAAGGAGUCCAUCCCGCGUCAUAUGAGACCCUUGUACAGAAUACCUGGGUGUAUGCACGAGUCUCGCCGUCUCAGAAGGAAGUUAUCCUUACCACACUCAAGUCCCUUGGAUACGUUACGCUCAUGGCCGGUGAUGGCACCAAUGACGUUGGUGCGCUUAAACAGGCACAUAUUGGCGUGGCUUUAUUGGAUGGUUCCAUCGAAGACUUGCAAAAGAUUGCGGAGCACGCAAGAAUUGAAAGGGUCAAAGGUGUAUACGAGACGCAAUUGAAGUUCUCUCAGAGAUUCAACCAGCCGCCUCCUCCGGUCCCACCUAUGCUGGCUGCUCAUUAUCCGGAGCUUGUCACCGCUCAAGAGAGAGCGAAGGCCGACCAAUCGAUAGCUAGGAAAAAGAACCCAUUGGAGAAGUUCGAUAUGGCCUCUAUUACAGACAAACUGGCAGACAUGGAAGACGAUAACGAGCCACCAAAGAUUAAGCUUGGCGAUGCUUCUUGUGCUGCUCCAUUCACAUCGAAACUGUCAAAUGUUUCCGCUAGUCGUUGCACCCUUGUUGCCACCGUUCAAAUGUAUAAGAUCCUAGCCCUCAACUGCCUGAUCACCGCAUAUAGCUUGAGUGUACAAUACCUGGACGGUAUCAAAUUCGGCGAUUAUCAAGUGACCAUUACGGGUAUGCUCAUGUCGCCAAUCGAACAACUCUCCCGGGAACGUCCUCUUGGCAACAUCUUCAACUUCUACGUCCUGUUAUCGGUGCUCUUCCAACGAGAAGGCCCAAUUGACCUUGAAGCCAAAUUUGAGCCGAGUCUAUUGAACACUGCAAUCUACCUGCUCGGCCUCUCGCAACAGGUCUCCACUUUUGCUAUCAACUUCCAAGGACGUCCAUUCCGCGAAGGCAUCACUGAAAACAGUGCACUCUACUGGGGAUUAGUAGGCGCCGCUGGAGUCGCCUUUUCUGGCGCUACAGAUUUCAUUCCGGAACUCAAUCGACCCCUGCAGAUUGUUGAGAUGGCUUCACCGCUCUUUGCUGAUUUGGCACCAAAGCCCAUCGUCACUCGAGGACGAGAGCGCCGGGAGGCUAGGAGGGCAGCAGAACUAAAGGAGCGCCUCGACAAGGAGAGAAUAGAGCAGGAAAAGAAAGAGGCGGAGACUCUACAGGAAAUGGAGAGGGAGCUAGCCAUGAACGAGA